CUGUAUGAGCAACGAUUUUUUCACGAAUUUAAUAAUGUUUAUUUCAAUAUUUGUAAAGAACAUGUGCAGUAAAUAAGGGAGAAACAUGAGUUUGAUAUCAAGAGCCCACACCAAAUGCAUGCACUUGCUAAGUGUGAUCCAGCCAUAUUUAGUAGAAGUAGCAUACUUUGCAUUUUUUCUCUCACGUCAUAUGACACUGCCCUUAUUUCAACAGUACGUGAAAGAAGAAAUAGAAAAACAGCAUAAAAGUACCACUCCUCCUAGUAUUAAUUUAACAGAUACGGUUCAAGAUGCAUUAACCCAUGAAGAAAUUACACUGUCAGUACUAAGCCUACAGAUUGCAGAAGGGUUACCUGCAGUAAUUACAGUGAUAAUGUUGGGUGCUAUCAGUGAUAAAACUGGUCGCAGAAAAAUACUGUUAUGGAUGCCAUCAUUAGGAAGUGUCCUAUAUUCAUUUAUAUAUAUAAUGAUUCAGUAUACAGGUUGGAAUUUGGAUGGCUUAUUCAUGGCAUCAGCGUUGCGAGGAUUGAGUGGUAGCAUGACUGCUUUUUUGGCAGGAGGAACAUUUUAUGCAAUCAAUAGUUCUGAUAAGGAAAACAGAUCAACAAGACUAGGUGUCCAAGAAUUUCUUAAUGGCAUAGCUUAUGCAAUUGCCAAUAUUAUGGUUGGAUAUUGGGUUAAAUCUAAUGGAUUUCUUCGUCCAUUUUGGUUUACAUUUAUUUGUAGCUGUAUUUCCUUUUUAAUUUCAUUUUUUCUAGUCAAGGAAGUUGAAAUAACUCAACAGAAUCUCGCGGCAAAUAGAAUAAGCAGUAAUCAAGGUAGUAACAACUGUUGCAUUGACACAUUUAAGCCAUUAUCACGAUUCUUUAAAUGCUGCAAAAAUAGGAAAUUAAUAAAAGUAUGGCUGUCAAUAAUUGCAUUUCAAAGUUAUGCCAUAGUUCAUCUUGGACAAAUUAAUACAUUGGUGUUGUACUUUAUUGGUCCGCCAUACCAGUGGGAUUCUGAUAAAUUUGGUGUGUUUGCUGCUGUUGCUAUGGUAGUUGCUGCCAUCGGAGCUGCAGCAUCUCCAGUUAUAUUAAAGCCGUAUCUUACAGACAUUAAUAUUACAUUCAUUGGUUUAUUCUCCAAAGCCAUUGGUACCAUGUGGAUUGCUGUAGUAAAGAAUGAAACUGUGUUAUAUUUUGCAAUUCUGCUACUGGUUGGAGAGUUGCUUCCUUUUCCUAUGUUGAGAUCCGUGGUGUCCAACAGUAUUGAAACAACGGACCAAGGUAGUUUAUUUGCCUUGAUGCAUUGUGGAGAGAGUAUCUCGUACUUCCUAGCACCCCUGAUGUUCCAGGCUAUAUAUUUACAUACAUUCAAGUUCUUCAGUGGAUUUGUGUUUGUUAUCUCUGUCACGCUUCUAGUCAUUCCUGUUGCUUUUACUAUUGCAAUUAAAUAUGUAGAAAUGAAUGGACCAACAGAAUAUGAAAGAAUGAAUGGAGAAAAUGAAGGCAUAACUACAAGUCAGAGUUAUCAACAAUUACAAGAUCAAGAAGAAAGUAGUCAAGCUAUCAGUGUUAUUAGUAAUACUGAAGUUAAUGUAUAGAUUGUAAAUUACAUUAAUGGUUAGACAUAGGUCUGAAACAUUGUAUAGGUCAAAAAGAAGAUGUUAUUUGACUUAAAGAGAAUGGGGACAUAUGACAAUCAGACAGCAACCCAACAUCUCAAAAACAAAAAAGAAAAUGUGUGUUUAUUAGAGCCCAAUCCACCAAAAAAAUCUUAAGAAAUUUAUGUUAACAUGAUAUUAGUUUUAAUUAAUGUUUUUUCUUAUAUUAUAAAACUAUUCAUUUGUAUGUUUAGAAGAAUGAAAUUGGUAUACAUUUGUACCUAGACACUCUGUUAUUAAUGUUGUUUCUCUUUGAUUUAUUCACAACUUUUAUAGACUGUGUAUGGUUUAGAGUUGCUGUUACAUUGAGAAAUACCCCACAUCUACUUUUAUCUAUGUUUAUAUUUGAUAUGUAAUGGAGGCUUCAUGUUAUAAUUGUUGUAUUGUCUGAUUACUUAAAAGAUUAUGUGGUAAUAUCCAGUAUUAUUAGUUUUUGUUGAGACUUGAAUAGAAAAGUGAAACUAAGAAUGAAAUUGCCACUUAAAGCAAAAGAAUGAAAGAUUUAAAUGUUAUGGUAUUUGUUGUUUAUUAGAUAAUUAUAUAAUGUUUGUUAAAUAGAUAUUCAUCUUACUCAUGUUUAAUUAUAAGUGCAAUAUUUUCUCACUGAAGAACUAUUUCACCAUAUUGGAAGAAGCAUUCUUGUUGUAACUAAAAAAAUGUUAACAAAGCUCAUAAAGCUCAUGCAGGUGUCAUAUGUCUGCUCCCUCAUUCCCAUAGAGGUCACAAAGCUCAUAGUUUGCUGUUAAAAACUUACUUGUAAGUUUAGACCCUAUUAUCAAACUUAUGUCCUUUUUACUACCAUUGCACUUUCAAAUUUUCAUGAAAAAUACAGUUUUCUACCCUGUUUUCAGCCAUUUAUUUUGAUACUUGAAGUGUAAUUGUGUAAGCGGUACAAAAGUUCAGACUUUCAAAAAUAUACUGGACCAUCAGACCAGUCAGAUAAUUAUGUUGUCUGGUAAACAAAUAUUGGCUGCUCAUCAGUCCAAAUGUCCGGUAAACAGAAUUGUCUGAUCUUAUAUUUAAGUGCCAAAAUUGAAUAAAUACUAUGUUUAAAAAUUAUUUUGUUGCUAUAAUCAUUUUGAUUUAUAAAAUGUGGCAUCCUCUUACUUUUCCCAGAUUUUAUCCAAUUUUUGCCUCAGUUAACCUUCUUUGAUCCGAUUAUAGCCCUUGAGUAUAGAUGAUAUUAGUGACCUACUUUUGACCUAACUACAAUUUAGACUGGUUCCCAUACCAUAGCAUGUAAGUUUGUUUACAUUGUAUGCAAAUUCAGAUAUAAUUCAUAAACAAAAUUUUUAGUUGUUAUAUUCCAUCGCUCUACCAUGGCUACAUUAAUGCCUCUAGGCCUAGUCAUUAAAAAUUGAAAAUCAUCAAUCAACCAGAAUUUGCUCUGUAUUUAGUUAUCUCAAUAACAUUAAGCUACCAGCUGAUUGGCCCUCUCAUUCAGAGAGUGCCAAUCAAAAUCCUGUGUUCAUGAUAUGUUUUUAUUACACAAACUGUUCAGGCCCUUGAGAGUGGGAGAGUCAAUCAAGGGGAGGGACUGACCUUACUUGUAAUUUUAUGAUAAUUGCUAUCAAAGUGUUAAUGAUGUUUUUUUUUUAAUUUUAUUUGUUAAGUAGCAUUUGUAACUUAUCUAUUUUGCAUCACAAUGUUUUUAAUUAAUAUGCACAUAUGUGUUAUUUUGUCUAAAGGCAAUAUAUGUGUAAGUGUAAAGUAGAUAAAUUGUAAUAUAUACAUUUUUCAUGUAAUUUCUAUACGAUAUAAGCCAAAUAAAUUAAGCCAAAUUGUGA